CCGAGGGGCGAUAAUGGCCAGCCUGGCCGCCCAGGACUCCUACCUGCAGGGCUUGGCGAGGAAGGUCUGCGUGCAGCACGCCCCGGAGUCGCGGAAGAGGAAACUUGUGUCUAAGCCAGGCCAGCCCGAGGAUGCUGGCAGACAGCUCAAGAAAAAGAAGAGAAAGAAGCCUAGGAAGCAAGCUGAGAAGACAAAUGCUCCUUCAGUCAAACAGGUGCUCUCUAACACCCAUGAGCCUACUGCAGGACAGAAAGCAGUGCCUCAAGCCAGCAAAUCAUCUCCACAGGGUGUUACACAGAGCAGAAAUGAGAGUUCUGUUACAGGGAGCAAAAGUGAACUGGGUUCCCCUUCUUUUUCUGCAAUGAAUCUCUUGCGUCAGAGACUACAUGAGAAGAUUAAAAAGGCUUCUGGACGAGAUGAUACCAAAGAAUUACCCCCUUCAGUCCUGGAGAAGAGGCAGCGAAGGAAGUAUGAGAGAGAGAGGAAGAAGCGCCGAAGAAAGGAGCUAAAGAUGAAGGCAAAAAUGGAGAAGAAAGAAACUGAGGAGGUACCGGUAAAGCCAGAAAGCCAAAAGGAGGAGAGCACAGCUGAGAUUGUCUUUAACAGGGUCGAGGUCCAUGAAGAGAAUGAGUUGAGCAAGAUCCAGAAGAAGAAAGAGAAGAGGAAAGCAGUGAAAGGCAAUAUCACUCCUCUGACGGGCAGAAACUACAAGCAGCUGCUGAGCAGGCUGGAGACCAGGAAGAAUAAGCUGGAGGAGCUCAAGGAUAAGGACCAGAAGAAAGCUCAGGAGCUAGAGAACAAGAUGAAAUGGACAAAUGUUCUCUAUAAGGCGGAAGGCGUGAAGAUUCGUGACAACGAGGAGCGCCUGAAGGAAGCUCUGAAGCGUAAGGAGAAGCGUAAAGCGCAACGCCAAAGGCAGUGGGAGAAGCGGACGGAAAAAGUGGUGGAAAAGAUGCAACAGCGGCAGGAAAAGCGUCGUAAGAACAUUCAGAAGAAGAAGAAGGAUAAGAUAGAGAAGAAGAAGGCCAGGGCCUGGAAGAAAGGCCGUGUUCUGCCAGAGGACUUGAAAAAAGCUGGCUUAAUGUGAGGGCGAGGCAGCUGGUCCUUGCAGCCUGGGAGUGGGAGUUCUGCUGGGGCGGUCAGUGAUGAACUGUUGCGGAGCGGCCCUGUCCAGCGGCCUGGCGCGGCCGUGCUACUGGGAGG